UGCGUUAAUUAUCGUGACCCUGACAAUGAGUGCUGCUUGCCGCAUGUUGACAACUCCUCCGUUAUGUUGGACCCAUCUCCUGGCCUGUACCAGUGGAGCCGGAGUGUUUGCUGUGGUGUUCUUCUGUUCCGGACGGCUGUUCUCAUGGGUGUCACCGGGGUACCGCACUUUGGGCACGAACAAGCAGACUGAUGUCAGAUAUAAUGCAGCGGUCGGUGUAUCCUCGGCAAUAGUCGGCAUGCUCGCCUGUUACGUCAGUUUCUUUGGGAACCUGUCUUUGGACAUGGUCAGCAAGGACAUACCCGUAGUGCGACAUACGUCUGCCUUCAACCUGGGUUAUCUUUUUGCAGACCUUGUAAUCAGCGUUAGUGUUCCAGUGACUGGGCCUAGAACAGCCAUGACUUUUAUGGGAGUUUCUCAUCACGCCAUUACGGUGUUGGGAGAGCUGAUGUCACUUGUGUACGGCAUUGACCCGUAUCCGGUGGUGUUUCAUCACAGGAUGGAUCUAACAGCAAUGCCUCUCAGGUUACGUUUGUAA